GUUAAAGUGCAAAUAUAUUGAUGAAUAAUUUAAUUUUAGCAUUUGCCUGCUUUAUAGCAGUAGCUUCUGGACAGUGUCCAAACAAUAACUGCCCACCCCCAGUAUUGCCUCAAGUUCCUUGUGGUGUACCAGAUUGUAGUAUUCUAGAAAAUCGUCAUCGUGAUGAUGCUUUAUUUGCUCAUUCUGAUCCUAAUUUCUAUUGGCAAUGUGCUCCAUUAAACGCAACUCAUUGGGCUGCUGCAGCAAGACCAUGUGCCUGUAGUACUGUUUUUAAUCCCAAUGAAAAUCCACCCAGAUGUACUUUCUGGUAUGAUAGAUCAUGGUCUCCUAUUUGCAACUGGCAAAAUCCACCAACAGUAACGGAAUGUAAACCUUGGUGUCCGGAUUGUGGCGGAGAUGAGGUUCCUUCAGUUCCAACACCAUCACCACCUAAUCCAAGUCCAAACCCUCCAGAUGAUGAUAACAACAACUGUUCUUGUCCUUGUCCACCAUGCAUUUGGUGGCCAUGUGUUCCAUGCAGCCCAGUCAAUAAUUGCUCAUGCAACAGCAACCGUAAUGGAUAAUUUUAAAAUAUAUAUUAACUUACAGAGAAUCUUAUUAAUAGUCUUCAGGAAUAAUUUUAAAAAAUUUAAAUGUCACAAAUUUAAAAAGAUAAGAAAG